ACAAACGUCAGGGCGCGUUUUUUCGCCGUCAUCGUCGGUGGGAAAUGAAUUAAUAUUUAAAGUCUGACACGAAGAAAAAUCCCGAGUAGCAGAAAUGGCGCCGCAACAACCGACCCCCUACGAUCUGGCAUACCGAGGGAAAACGGCAGCGGUGAAAAUCCUCCUCUCAGAGAACGAAAAACUGAAGACGGCGACCGACUCUAACGGGCGGAUGCUGAUUCACUGGGCUGCCCUCGGCGGACACGACGAUCUGGUCGCUUAUCUCUUAUCACUGGGUGUGCCGGUAGACCCCACGGACGAUAUGGAGAUGACACCGUUAAUCCUGGCAGCAUCAGCUGGUCGAGAUAAAGUUGUCGAAAUCUUACUAAAAGAAGGCGCCAAUCUGAAUGCGAAGACAACCGAUGGACAUUCGUCUCUACAAUAUGCAGCUUCGAAGAACUGGAAAACUAUCUGCGCCUCCUUAAUUGAGAAAGGUGCAGAUGUGAAUAUCUGUGACAAAAGAGGAGCCACUCCGUUGCAUAGAUCUGCAUCGAAGGGAAACAAUGCCAUCGUCAAAUUGUUGCUGGACUGCGGAAAGGAUCUGCAUAUAGACCACCAGGACAUCUAUGGAAACACUGCUCUGCAUUUGGCCUGCGAAGAGGAUCGACAGGAUGAAGCGAAGCUGUUAGUGAGCCACGGAGCAGACUUGACGGUGACCAACAAAGAGAGGAAAUCUCCACUGGACCUGGCGAGUCGUUUUUUGGGGCGCAUUUUGAAAGAAACCAAAGAAAAGCAGGCGUCGACUUAAGCCAGAAAAUUAUCAGAAUUAGUAAAAUAGCGUUUUAAGGCGGUAAGUUAUGAAAUACGUUUUAUUCAAAGUGAGGUUAAAUGAGAAUAAACAGUUCCGGGGCAUAUUUGCUUUUAUUUCAGGUUUUACGGAGAGUUUAAGAUUUAAAAAAUGUUCAUAAUGUAUCAAAAUGAUGGUUUUGUGUAAACUGAAGAUCUCUGAUUUUUUAAAUUAAUAAGGAUUAUGUAAGAACCUAUCGGACGGAUUUUGAGAAAAAUUAUUGGUCGAUAGAUUAAGGGGCAAAAAACUGAACAAAUUAUUUCGAUGCUUAAAUAAUCUUUUUCAGUUUCUAAGAUCACCGUAACCUUUUGUUUUGUAUUUGCCGUUCUUCUGUAAUUAUAUAUAUAUCGUGAACAAAAAAAAUGUCAACCUCUACAAGUGCGCCAUUUUGAAAUGUUUAAUAACAUUAUAACAUCAAACUCUACGUAAAAUAUGAAAUAAUACAGUUCUGUAAAAGAAAUAUUUUCCACAUCUUUUCAUUCUCAUUUAAAUACAGUUUGAAACGCAUUUCGCAACUUAAGUCCCUUAAAACAAAACCCCGGGUAGAUAAAAAAUGAAAACAAUGGGCGGGCCUUCAAUAACGUGCAAAAAGGCUGUGCUGUUUGAUCAGCAUUUAUUUGUUUCUUCCUCUCGGUUGCUUAAGAUAUCAACUUUUGUAUUCAAUCCAUAUAAAAUAUAUCAAAACAUCCUCCUA